GGCGGCGCUUUUAGCAGACUGAAGUUGCCACCAGUCAAUAGCAUGAGUCGAUCGGAUCGUCUCAUUAGUUCGAUGAAGCUGUACAAAUAAUAAAACACAAUCGAAUUUACUGCACAAUGUGUAUGAAAUACCCAGUGGAAUUGUUUUCGAUUAACCACGAUUUAGUUUAAACAAUGAGAGUGAAGUUUUUUAGUUUAUUUAUCAUUGUUCUUGUGAUAUUAGCUUUAAGUAUACAAGGGUCCAAUGCAGCAGUGAAAAAGAAACGAACCUGUAGAUAUGACUGCACAGAGCUCUGUCAGCUUCAGGGUACAAGCCACGGGACCUGUCAAGGGUCGAUAUGCAAGUGUUCCUCUUUAAACACCGUAGUUGAACAUAUAAACGAGCAUGAGACUUAAGUACAAAUAAAAAUUUGAUUUCAUCUUC